AUGCCCUCCGACGACUCGAUAUCCUCGAGUCACAAAUACUCGGUCAUUCUCCCUACUUAUAAUGAGCGCAAAAACCUGCCUGUGAUUGUCUGGCUGCUCGCCCGGACAUUUACCGCACACUCUUUAGCAUGGGAAAUCAUCAUCGUCGACGAUGCCUCUCCGGAUGGUACGCAGGAGAUUGCCAGGCAGCUGCAGACCGUGUACGGAGAAAACCACAUCAUUCUCAAGCCCCGCGCAGGAAAGCUCGGACUUGGCACAGCGUAUAUUCACGGCUUGAAUUUCUGCACGGGAGACUUUGUUAUCAUUAUGGACGCCGACUUCUCUCACCACCCCAAGUUUAUUCCUCAGUUUAUCAAACUUCAACAGACUUACAAUCUCGAUAUUGUUACUGGAACCCGCUACCGCUCUGAUUCCUCGCCCGCCUUGUCAGAAGGCGUGACGCCAGGCGGUGUAUACGGCUGGGACCUGAAGCGUAAACUUGUCAGUCGAGGCGCCAACUUUCUGGCAGACACGGUCCUUGAUCCUGGCGUCAGCGAUCUGACAGGCAGCUUCCGACUUUACCGUAUUGCGGCACUUAGGCAUAUCAUCAGCUUGACCCUCUCAAAGGGAUACGUGUUCCAGAUGGAAAUGAUGGUCCGUGCUCGUGCAUUAGGUUACACCGUCGGAGAGAUCCCAAUCACCUUUGUGGAUCGUAUUUACGGUGAAAGUAAGCUGGGAGCAGACGAAAUUGUGGGGUAUGCAAAGGGUGUCUGGGCGCUAUUCACCGGUGUGUAG